AUGAUAUAUAAUAAUGAAAAUAGUAUGUUGUUGGGCAGACAAAAAGUAUUGACAAUGGUGAAAGAAGUACAAACUACUGCUGAAUUCAAGACUCUAAUUUCUGAAAAUGCCAUCGUUGUUGUGGAUUUUUACGCAACAUGGUGUGGACCUUGCAUGAGUUUUGCCCCCAAAUUUGAAGCCCUUAGUGCUGAGUUCCCCAACAUCUUAUUCAUAAAAGUGAAUGUGGAUCAAAAUUCGGAACUACAAGCACUAUAUUCCAUCACUAGUAUUCCGUCAUUCAAAAUUUUCAAAGACGGGGCUGUUGUAGAUUCGUGCACUGGAGCUAAUGAUGCGAUUUUGAGGAGCACUAUCAAGAAGCACGUCUAG